AGGAUUCUGGUCUCAAGUCGUGGCCGUUCGGGAAGCUGCAGCCCGUGCGCCCCGAAAUCGGCUUUCGCCUUUUAGGCGCCAUGGAGUGUUGGCUGGCCCUCACGGGGCGGGCGGAAGGGGCGGCCAGUAGGGGCCUGGGCAAGCUGGCCAAAGCCAGCGCCACGCAUCCAUGGAAGUGCAUCGCACUGUCGCUCCUUUGCUGCCUGCUUUGCGGACUCGGUUUCUUGCGCUUUGAGGCCAAGAGCGAAGCUCGAGACUUGUGGGUAGACCAGGUUUCGCAGGUGAUGAAGGACUUGGAAUGGACCGAAGAGUACUUCACCAGCGGGGGCGGGGGCGAGCCCUGCCGCUUGUUGAUCACUGCCAAGUCUGGGAGCAUUCUUGACAAGGACAAUCUCAUGGCGACGUUGCAGGUGGUGCAGGAUGUGAAAGCUAUGGUCGCUGACAAUGGGAAGACCUGGGAUGACGUGUGUUUGCGGGUUGGUUCCGGCUGCUUCCUGAGUGGCCUGCCUCGCUACUUUGGAAGCACCGUCAACCAGAGUUUGAGCCAAGACGACAUCCUGAACAGCAUCAACGCCCAGACCUUUCCGGACGGCGGGGACGCUUUCCCGGAUGACAGCAUGGGGGGCAUGGUCCGGAACAAUGGGCGCAUCGUGGGGGCCAAGGCAGUCAGGGUGGAUUGGGUCUUGCGGGCAGAGCAGGAUUGGGAAGAUGCUUGGGCGCAGGCAUUGAUCAACAAAUUCGUGGAGUCAAGUAUGCUGAAGCAAUCCUAUGACUUGGUGGAGGUUUUCGUCCAGGUCCCAAGCUCCGGAGAUGAUGAGCUGAAUCGAACCGUGAGGGCAGAUAUCCCACUCUUCGCCUUGGCCUUUGUACUGAUGUCCGUGUUCUGCGCUUUGUUCCUUGGAAAGCCUUGGAGUUCCACACAGAGCCGAAGGCUCUUGGGCUGCAUGGAAUUCUUCCUUGUGCUGAUGGGCAUUGUUGCCGGCUUUGGCGUGGCCAUGCUGCUGGGAAAGCCAUUUACCGUGCUCACGCAGAUCCUGCCCUUUAUUCUGGUGGGUAUAGGCAUCGACGACGCCUUUGUGAUCGCCGGGGCUUUUGAUGCCACCGACACCUCGUUGAGCAUUCCCGUUCGAGUGGAGAACGCCAUGCAGAGGGUUGGCGUUUCGAUUACACUGACCAAAGUCACCUCACUGGUGUCUUUCCUGCUGGGGGCCACUUGUGCAUUUCCUUCGGUGCAGUGGUUCUGCAUGUUCGCUUCCACGUCGGUCUUCUUUAUUUGGCUGCUGCAUUGCUCCGCCUUUUGCGCCAUGCUGGCCUUGGACGCGAAGCGCGCCAGCAGAGACCCACCGGGCCUGGACCCCUUCGCCUGUAUUUCAGCCAGGGCGUCGUGCAUGCCAGGGCCAGGAGACAGAGACGCGACGAAGUCACCGCUGGCGCAAAUCCUGGUGUCCAUGGUGCGUGUUUUGGUUCGGACUCCGGCUCUCGGGCUGGUGACUGUGAUCCUCUUCCUGGCUGUGGCGGGCAUCUCGAUUUGGCAGGCGAGCUCGGGUCUCGGUACUGACUUCAACAUCAUUGACCUUACGCCAGACAGCAGCUACCUGCGAGACUUCUAUGUGCAGGAGCGGUUGCAUUUCGGAGGUUUGUCCACUGGGGGCUUGGCGCUUCCGACCAGCUAUGUCAUCAUGGACCAGAACUUCAGCUCUGUGGAAGUGCAGCGAAUGCUGGAGGAGGUGGGUGCUGAGAUGCUGGCGCUCAGCAACGUGAACUCUGAGCGAGGUCUCAGGAGCUGGCACACGAUCUUCAGCCAUUGGGCAUGGACGAAUCGAGGCUCGCUUCCUUCGCUGCCACUGGAUGCUUUCGAGCCAGCCCCCGGGGGUUUGAACCGCAGCAGCUGCGCAGCCGGGCUGCCCACUGGCGUCACCGCCUGCGUGAGUCACUUUGUGACUGGGCCACACUUCGAGUUAGCCCUUCUGGACUUCUUGAAUGACGGCAUGUCCUCGGGCUUCCGCGACGACGUUGUCUGGCGUGAUCAAGCCGUGAAGGCGGUGCGGCUUCGUGCCACGCACGUGGACACGGUGAACAGCAGGCAGCAAGUGGCCGUGCUCGAAGAGGCGGAGGCCCUGACGGCGAAGUGGCAACCACGAGCUGCAGGGAGCUUUAUGUCUGCUCAGGCCUACAUUUUCUUUGACCAGUACCGCAUUAUCGUGGAGCAGAUGACGACCAGCAUUGGGCUUUGCUUGCUGGCUGUGACGGUGAUCAGUGCACUCGUUCUGGCGCAUCCUUUGUCCGUGCUGAUUGUAUUCGUGGUCCUCGCUCUCGUCUUCACCGACUUGAUGGGCAACAUUGUCCUUUGGGGCCUGGACCUGAACAGCAUUUCGAUGAUCAACUUGAUCAUGGCUGUGGGCCUUGUCGUGGACUACAGCAUGCACAUGGCCCACAACUUCAGCCUCCAAAGCUCGACUCUGAGCAGAGCACGACGAGCAGAACUGGCCAUGGAGGAAAUUGGCCCCGCGAUCUUCCUGGGUGUCAGCACGACCUUCCUGGCGAUCGUGCCGCUGGCAUUUUCCUCGAGCCAAGCCUUCCGUGUGUUCUUCAAGAUGUUCUUCGGCAUCGUAGUGGCUGGAGGCUUGCAUGGCUUGGUGUUCUUGCCCGUGUGCCUUGCCGUCAUGGGACCAAGUGUGACCCAGGCCGCGGCCGACCCCCGCAUCUCGAAUCUGGAGGAUGGCAAAGAGGGCAACGAGGCAACGGAGCCCGACUCAUCUGCUCCCAAGGUCUUAGAGUCCAAACCGCAAGAGCAAUAGCCGCAGAGUUGGAAUGAAGUUUUUGCAGUUUUCGGGACACGUGCUGGGAGGCUGCAUUGAAGACACGUGUGAUUCACUCCC